AUGUUGGUGAACGGUGAUCGUCUGCCGAUGCAGUGCCCCGUCGUCGGGAGUUACGAAGAGACCGGAUGGAGUGCGCAGUGUCCGAUGUCCAGCCAGUGGUCUAAACUACCACUGAAUGAUGUGUCCGAUUACAGUAUUCACAAUAGUGAUCCUAAUUCAGGAAUCUCAAUGCAGUGUUAUAAUAACAACUAUUAUGUGUGUGAUAAUCCUCCCCCGCAGCAGUACUACGGUAAUCGCAUGUACCCCCAGGUAGGGUACGGUCCGGUAUCUUUAAAUUUACCAUGUCACGGACAACAGUGGGACUACAAUUCCAUGUGUUACGAUGUCAAUGGGCAACCGUGUCAAUACACUGAUGUCGUGGAUUUGGAAGACUUCAUGUAA